CAAAAACUUAUAUCCAAGCAACCCUUAGUAGCUAUGACCACGGGCCGAACUAAUCCACCGAUCUGGCCCGACCUUGCCCAGAACCGACCUGCGGUCAACGGACCUUGAAUCGAGUCCGUGGUUUGAUUGGGUCGGUCGUAGGUCACAUGUAUGUAUUUUUUGAACCGUCGAGCCAAUUUCAAACCUACACCAAAGCCGACCCAUGUAUGUGUUCGAGCCGGUUUAGGGCCGUCUAACCUUUAGCCCGAAACUCGAAACCGAUUUUGGCCAUUUCUAACCCUUCAAAAACCCUCGUCUGGAUUUGAACUCACCCCUCAAAUCACCCUGUUAUCGCUCAAAAGUGCAGAGGCUCGAAUCCCAUUCGAAUGCGAAAAUGGCGUCCAUCGGGCAGGCGUUCAGAUCCCUAAUUCGAACACGCAUUAUCAGCACCCGAUUGUACUACACGAUGAGCAAGGAAAACAAGAAAGCAUCACUGUACGCGAGAAUCAGCCCCCUGGGGAACCCUGGCGUGAACGUAACUUCAGAGCUCGACAAAUGGGUCGAAUCAGGCAACAAAGUCGGGUUUUCGGAGCUUCAACGUAUAGUUUUCGACUUUCGCAAACGCAGACGGUACACUCAUGCCUUGCAGGUUUCUGAAUGGAUGAGAAAUAGAGAUACCUUCGAGUUCACCACUGUUCAUCACGCAAUCCAAUUAGAUCUCAUAGGCGUAGUUCACGGCAUUACGCAAGCAGAAAACUACUUCAACAGCUUGAGCGAGCAAAUCAAGAACGAGAAAGUAUACGGUGCUCUUUUACAUUGUUACGCCCGUAAACGCCAAACAGAAAAGGCUCUAUCACAUCUUAACAGCAUGAUAGAAAAAGGUAUCGCUCUAUCUUCACCAGCUUUCAACGACAUCAUGGGCAUUUACUUAAACACUGGUGAAAACGAGAAGGUCCCGGAAAUUCUAAAACAGAUGAAAGAAAGUGGCAUUCAACCCAAUAAUCUCAGUUACAGGCUCUGCAUUAAUUCGUAUGGCGUGAGAUCUGAUAUUGAAGGAAUGGAAAACAUUCUUGAUGAGAUGGAAAGUGAUUCCAAAAUUGUUAUGGACUGGAAAACAUAUGCAGCCGUCGCGAAUUUCUAUAUCAAGGCAAGCCUCGAGAGCAAGGCGAAUGUAGUCCUUAAAAAAGCCGAGGGCCGAGUGGAUUAUAAAGAUGGGGUAGCGUACAACAGUCUUAUCUCGCUGCACGCUCGACUGGGGAACAAGGAUGAUGUGUUGAGGCUUUGGUGUCUCGAGAAGAAAGCUUGUAAGAGGUACCUUAACCAGGAUUACACCAACAUGCUGGAAUCUUUAGUGAAGCUCGGUGAAUUUGAUGAAGCAGAGAAAGUACUCAGCUGUUGGGAGUCGUCUGGCAAUCAAAUUGAUCUUCGAGUGCCGAUAGUACUUUUCUUUGGGUACAUAGAGAAGGGUUUAUGUGAAAAGGCUGAGAUUUUGCUUAACCAGUUGGUGAAGAUUGGUAAGGGGACGUUACCAGAUAUGUGGGGCCGAGUGGUGGAGGGGUACUUAGAGAAGGGUGAGGUGGAUAAUGCUGUCAAUGCUCUGAAAGUGGCACGUUCUGUGCAUGAUGCGAGCGAUUUUAGUAAACUUGAAAAGAUGAUUUCAGAUUACAGAGAGAGGAACAAAUGAUGCAUUUCGAAGGAGUUUUUGAAGCUUCUGGGGCAGUGAAUAGGUAAGGAAGACUAAUGUUUGAAACUUGUUUCCUGCUGGAGUUCUGGUGAUGAAGUGAAUUAUAGAGUUUGUAGAGAUCAUCGAAUUUGAUAGUUAUGACUUAUGAGAAGUUAUGAAAUAGAUGGAGAAAAAUUUCUUGUCUGGGCCAGAUAGAAGUGCGGGACUUGUGCAUUUACCCUGCAUGAUUUUCAUUUGAUUUACUGGAUAUCUGCUCUGAUAUAGGAGGUAAUGUUAUAUGCAUGUCUGCAAAAGCUUGUGUAGGGCAAUCUGGUAAAAGUAUUUCAUCUGACAGUGCAAAAUGUAUGUUGUCAAUUCUUCUUUUAAGGUUAUUGGACAAUAGUUUCUUUAGUUUUUAAUUCUCUUGUUCUUUUGUUUUUCCACUGCAAACCUAACAGGAGUGUUGCGCUCUCAUAUAUUUGAUGUUUUCAUACCUAAGAUCAGAGGUACAAAAAUUGCUAGGCGUAUACUAGGCAGGUUAGAUGGAGUCUA